AUGGCUUCGCUAGAGGAAAUUACUGAGAGAUUAUUAGAAAGGUCAAAUGAGGCCAUAGAACAACUAGAUGAAUGGAUCCUGCUCCAGAAUAAGAAUAGACACAUCUCAGAAAAUAAAAGUGGACUCGAUAGUAUAGAAAGGCUUGACGAUAAAUAUACAGAGUUUCUCGAGAAGUUAAAUUCAUUGUACAUAAGAUCGCAAUAUAUUAAGGAUAAGAUCAGAACAGAGAAAAAUGCAAAAGCAACAAAGAGAAAGAGCGAAUUAAACACCAGUCGGAUACAAGAAUUAAUGUUAGAGUUUAAAGAGAUAACUCUGAGUUUAAAUGAGAUUGCUCAACAAGAUGAUGAAACAAACAGUAAACAGUUGUCACCUGCGUCUACUUCAACCAAGAGUAGCUUAGAGUCAUUUACACCAAAACCUCUAAAGAUACUCAAUCGCGCUAGUAUGAUUAGAUCACCUAUAAAUUCACCCCCAAAAAAGAGAAAUAUAUCGUUUUGCCCUAUACAUGAAAACUUAUCUGUUACUGAAUAUGAAUCGCUCCCGAGCAGCCCCAACAGAAGUAAUCUACUAGAAGAACAAGAACAAGUAUUACAUCCCGCUAGGUCUUUUCAGACAGGAUUAAGGACAGAAAAAGCUAGAAAACCAGAUAAGAAUCAACUGGAUAAGUAUUUCAAAGAUAAGCAAAGAUUAUCCUUAACUCUAUUUGGAUCUGCUGAUGCAGAUGAUGGGGAGAGUCUAAAUAAUAAUGAUUACUCGGAUGAGGAAACUGUGAUAUUUACUAGCUCCUCAAACAUUGAAACAGAUGCAAUAACAGAUGAUAUGAAACCUAUACGGAGGUGUAAUUCUCAUGAAAGUGUUUUAUCAGUACACAAUAAAUUUGUACCUAAAAAUAAUAAUAACCUGCAGUUUCAAAAUCGACUUGAGCCAUUCGGUAGAUACCUUGCAACCUCCAAUAACAGAAACUUCACAAUACCUUCAAUCCAAAAUAUACAAGUUAGUGGAACUUCGACAUUAAGUAGAUUUUCAAGGGAACAAGAUAGAGAAAUGACACAAUUGGGAUCUAAAACGUCAAAGGAUUUGUUAACCUCAGUCAUGACAGCGACGCCAAUCACAACGCAGAGGAAUAAUAAAUUAACAUUUUUUGACAAGUUCAAUAGUAUGUUUAACUUUUCAACAAUAUCUGAAGAGCAAAAAACAACAGUCGAGAAGAACCGGAGUGCUGAAUCGCCAAGGAAUGAUUUUGUAUCAAUAGAAGAGCUAAAUGAAGCAUUGACCACUAAUAUGGUUAUGUAA